AUGGGAAUUAUCACAGCUCUGGUGACACAGGCACUGCCUCUUGCCAGUCUGAUGAUGCUUCUGCUCUGGAGAUCCGUGGGUGUGGGUGCCCAAAGGAGUCCCACCUUCCAGCUGCAACAACCCCAGAAAGAGGUGUCGGCGAAAGCAGGGGACACCAUCACCCUGAACUGCACCACGUCUGGAGUGGGUCCCGCUGGUCCCACGAAGUGGCUGAAGGGCUGGGACAGCGAGAAUGAGACCAUUUAUGACCAGAAUAGCCCCCCACCCCGUGUGACAAGGGUAGCACCUGUGUCCAACACAGAUUUCAGCAUCCACAUCAGGGAUGUUCGCCCCAAGGAUGCUGGCACCUAUUACUGCGUCAAGUUCCGCAAAGGACUCACUAUGGAUGAGGUGUUCCAGCGGGGAAGUGGCACCGAGGUGUCCAUACUUGCCGAGCCCACCCACCCGGUGGUGUCCGGGCCCAAGCACAGAGCGGGGCCGGGGCAAUCGGUGUCUGUCACCUGCAUGGCUGGAGGGUUCUUCCCCAAAGACAUCAGCGUGAAGUGGCUCAAGGACAGGGCCCCGAUCUCUGCUCAGCAGCCCCAGGUCAGCCCAGAGCAGACAACAACCUCCUACAAGGUGUCCAGCACGGUGACAGUGACGCUGCAGGAGGGCGACGUCCGCUCGCAGCUGGUCUGUGAGGUGCAGCACCGCACGCUGCAGGCCCCGCUGAGGGAGCCCUACCAGCUCAGCAGAGCCCUGCGAGUUUCUCCUGGAAUCCAAGUGGUCACUGACCCGCGGAGCCCCGUGGAGUUGAACAAGACUGUGAACUUCUCCUGCCACGUGAGGGGGUUUUACCCACCAGAGGUGGCCGUCACCUGGCUGGAGAACGGGACGGAGAUGAAGGUGGAGAACACCCCCCAGGUGACAGAGACACGCCAGGGGCUGUUUGACCUGCAGAGCCUGGUGAAGGUGCAAGCCCUGGAGGAGAGGAACGGGUCGGUGUUCACCUGCCGAGUGGUGCACGAUGGCCAGGAGCCCGUCAGCAGGAUGGCCACCCUGCAGAUCACUGCCCCAGCCCAGGGGGAACUAAACGGCCUGUCCCAGGGGGAAAACGGAAGUUUGUUCAUCAUCUACAUCGUGGUGGGAGUGAUCUGCACUGUGCUGGCACUGCUGGUGGCUGCAGUUCUUUACCUCAUCCGGGCAAAGCAGAGCAAGGGUAAAAGCUCACCAUCUGCAAGGUUACACGAGCCAGAGAAAAGCAGCGAGGCCACUACCCAG